AUGAAUAACUCGAGCUCUGCUGAUGGAUGUGACAAGACCUCUUCGAAAGAUAAACUACUUGAGAAAAUGAAAAAACUUAAAGAAUUGCAUCUGAAAAGGAAUGAAGCACGCCAACUGAACCAUAAGGAAGUAGUAGAAGAAGAUAAGAGAAACAAACUGCCUGCUAACUGGGAAGCACGAAAACGGAAAGCAGAAUGGAUUUUAAAUGAUGAACAGCAAAGGAACGACGCAAGUGAAAAGGGUGAAGACUAUGACAGAACAAAAUUAUUGAAUGUGAGUGCUUUGGAAGCAGAAAGAUUAGAUAGACGAAAAAAGAAAAAGAACCCUGAUCAAGGCUUUGCUGACUAUGAACAGGCAACAAUCCGCCAAUACAAUAGACUAGUUAAAAACAUAAAGCCUGAUAUGAAUGAUUAUGAUAGACAAAGAGAAAAACUAGGAGAUGCAUUUUAUGGUGGUAGAAAUACAAUUUUACAUGGAUUACAAAAAGAUACAAAGGAAGGUAUUGAUCGAAUGGUUAAUGACCUAGAGAAACAGAUAUCCAAACGUGAAAAAUAUAGCAGGCGCAGAACACAUAACGAUGAUGCUGACAUCGAUUACAUCAAUGACAGAAAUAUGAAGUUCAAUAAGAAACUGGAAAGGUUUUAUGGUCAAUAUACCACAGAAAUCAAACAAAAUCUUGAAAGAGGAACUGCUGUUUAA